AUGAAGUUAUUAAAGCAAAAGAAGAAGCCUGAAGAACUCCCAAAGAUUGGAAAGAGGAAGAACAAGUACAUUAAUGGUGAGAUAAGAAUAAUAGAGAGCAAGCCCUUUUCUUUAGAGUCUAAGAAUAAGCCUCCUAAAUAAAAAACUCAAACACAUUCUUUUUGGAAAAAAUCUGGGUGGCAAAAAUGCAGUUAAGGGCUCAACUUUUGAUAUUAUUCCUAAAGUUUCGAAGUUGUCAGAGAACCACAGGGCAAGAAUUCUCCAGGUUCUUAAACAGCAGAAGAAUAGUCGAGAUGGAGAAUUAUAUCUUCCGAAUAAGUUAAAAUAAAUUUGUGAAGAAAGAAGAUGAAAAUAUAAAUAAUAUUAUAAAAAGAGGAAGACAAACUAUACUUCCAGCUCCAAAAGAAAUUAUAUCUGCCAAUUUGUCCCAAUCUGUUGAUAGUAAGGAGAAGUUCUUGGAAUUAUUGAAAGUACUUCAGGAUCAGAAGACUAGAAAGAAUGGAUCGUUAGAGACUGUCCAUAGAUUUCAGGCUAAUCCUUAUCAAGACCUAAAAUGUAAAAUGAAUUCGACAAAGAACCUAUCAAAAUUUAGCGUUAAUGGUUCAAGAAACAAAAAUAUAUUUGCAAGGAAAAUUUCAGCUUCUCAAAGUUGUCAAAGACAUAGAGAAUACUCUGAGUCUGAUCCUCGAGAUUCUUUGAACAAGAGUGUGAAAAUCCUAGAGUGUAGUAGGAGUAAUGUAGCAAAGUCAUCUUUAAGAAAUGAUUCACGUAUGCCUUCUCUUCACAAAACCUUGACAAAGAAAAAGAGGUAUUUAAACGAUAAUCUCAGCCGAGAGUUUCACUUGGAGAAGGUCAAGAGCAAUAAUGACAUUGUAUUAAGACAAAAGGAAGAAGACUUAGAAACGGAGAUUAAGAAAAUGACAAUGAAUUCUGAUAAUAAUGAAGACAUUGUUGGAAUUGACUUGAAAGGACUCUUUCAGAAAUUUCCUAUUGUUAUCAUUUCUAAAUUCCAAAAGAGAUUAGAGUGUAUCCAAGAUAUCAAACCUGCUCAUAAGAAUAUUAAAAUCGCUGCUGACUUAAAGUACUUUCAUAUCGAGUGUCAGACUUGGCUGAAAAGAGCAAUUGCCUCUAAGGGAUCCCUGAGCGAUGACUUCUUACAGGAAAUUAAGUUCACAGAAGGAGGUGAUAUGUUCAAAGGAGAACAUAAUGGGAAAUUACCUGAUGGUCUUGGACUUUGAAUUUCCAGAAAAUAAUCAACUUAUUCAAGCUAAAUUCUCUUUAGGUGUUAUCCAAAAUGGAUCUUGAAGGAUUUUAUACCCUAAUGGAGAGUACUAUGAAGGAUCAGUCAAAUACGGAGGCUUGAGACAUGGAUCUGGCCGCCAUUUCUAUUCCAACGGAGAUAUCUACGAUGGCGGCUUUAUCAAAAAUCAUCGAGUCGGUAAAUCUCGGAUGCUCCUUGCUGAUGGUAGUGAGUACAUUGGACAAUUCAUUGCAGAUGAAUCUGAUGGACAUGGAAUUUUCACUGACAAGCACGGCAACAGGUACAUGUCUAUUGUAGAUGAGGAUGAAUUCUCAAAAUCUAAAAGAGGGGAAAGAAGCGCUAGCAAGAAAGAUUCCAAAAGCGGGUAUUUCUAUAGAUUAAGACUCUAUGGAAUAGGAGAGAUCAAGUUCAAAAACGGCAAUACCUACAGUGGCAAAUUCAAGGGUGGUAAAAGAGAUGGAUAUGGAGAGAUGAGCUACAUCACUCCUCUUGAACACUGCCCCAAGGAUAUCGGCGAGUACAAAGGCAACUGGAAAAGAGAUAAACGAGAUGGAAAAGGAGUGAUGAAUUACUCAAAUGGUAGCAUCUUUGAAGGAGAAUACAGAAAUGACCAUAGAUACAAAGGCAUCUACAGAUCAACGUCAGGUGAAGUCUAUAACGGCAAAUUCUACAAUGAUGAAUUCCAUGGGAAAGGAAAACUAACUUUCCCCGAUUCAACAGUAAUAGAAGGGGAGUUUUAUAAAGGACAGCUGCAAGGAACUGGCAAAAUUAUCAAAAAUUCUGCAGCAGGCACUGUGAUCUUCCAAGGUCUCAUAGUGGACAAUGAAAUUGGAAAUAGAGGGAAAAUGACUUAUCCAAACGGAGAUGUCUAUGAAGGAUAUUUUAAAGAUGGUGAAAAGCAUGGAUUUGGUGUUCUUACAUCUCCAAAUGGAUAUAUUUAUGAAGGAAGAUGGGAAGACGGAGUAAAAGAUGGUAAAGGGAGAGAAUACGACCCUGAGAAAUCCCAAAUAUUUGAAGGAAUGUUUAGUGGAGGUUCUAAAAUUAUUGGGUAA